CUUUCUCUGCCUUCUGCUCUGGGAUUGUAGCUCCUCCUCCUGCGGGUUCUCCUCGAGAGGCGGUGGCGAGGACGUCGGCGCGGCGUUCGCGGCCGAACUCGAGCUCUUUCGUCUUCCACCGCGCCCGCUUCAUUCGUUCGUCCCAGAGGCCGAGCUCUCCUCUUUCGCCGCCGCCGCGGCGCGCAUCCCAAGGGUUACAUUGAUCCAUUGUUGUGAAGAUGUCGAUGUUUGUUUCAAGCACUUUCUGCUCCACUUCUCUACUGCCAAUGGAUGCUAGAUUACAGGUGCAAACUAAGAGCAUGAAACAGUCCCCUGUGGAGCUUGGCUUGCAAACUAAACAUCUCUCUGCCCUAAGGGGAAAAGUUAAGGUCAUUGCUUCAAGUCCAGCAGGAUUGGGGUUACAACUACAGCCCAUCAAUAGAAGGAGACAUGUUGUGCCUUCUAUUGGAAGAUCCACUUCAGCCAUAUGUUUUGCAGCUUUGAAUGCAAGAUGUGGUGCAGAGCAAACCCAGACUAUUACGCACAAAGCCCCGACAAUUACCCAAGCGCCUACUCACAUUCAGGAAAAGUCGCCACAACUUGACGACGGCGGUACAGGUUUCCCGCCCCGCGAUGAUGGCGAUGGUGGAGGUGGUGGGGGUGGCGGUGGCGGCAACUGGUCAGGUGGAUUCUUCUUUUUCGGCUUCCUUGCAUUCUUAGGCUUUUUGAAGGAUAAAGAAAGUGAAGGUGACUACAGGGACAGCAGCAGGAGAAGAUAAAAUGAGUGUGAUGAGACUAUAAGUCAAAAGUUUGAUACCCCAAUACAAGUUGCUUAUCCUUCUUCAAUUUUUUUUUCUUGUGAAGCUAUGAUUUGUAGAAUUUUAUUUUCUCAUUGGUUCAAUGCUCUAUGCAGAGCAUGGUUCUUUAUAGUGAGUAUUAACGCGGAAAUAAUACAAAGAGACAUGUACUUUGUUGGUUCUUUUCUAAAUUCUGUGGGAAAUUUUGCCCACAGAAAUGCAACCAUAGCCAAAAAGGAAUUGAUGCCUCAAUGGGAAUGGCGAUUGCUACCACUCCUGAAGACGAAAAAAAUUCAAUGCUUGUGAUAUUCGCAUCUGAUUGGCGAGAUAUCGACCCAACCCGCUUGAACUCUACACAAUACUUGGGUUGAGGAUCAGUUGAGGAGUGAGAAAAUGUCAGGAUUGCUGUAACUUUUAUCAUGCUGUAAAACCUCAGAUAACAUCUCCAUCCCAUCCUUUUGGAGAUUUUACUUUAUGAGUGGGUUAAUUGUGUCCUUUUUCCAUAUGAGAAUAAAUGUUGGAAUGAAGUACUGAUCA